AUGCUACACAAGCCCGGGCACGCUCCAGCCUUGCACGUGCCUCCUGGUAUCCCGGAUCAUGACUGUGAAGAGCGACCAGCCGGAAGCAGGCGGAAUACCAACUGCAGCGAGUUCAGUGAUAUUUCCACGGCGGUGAAUCCGUUUGCAGCUCCACGUCCAAAGCUGGUAGACUUCGUGGAUAAGUUGGAAACAGCUCUAUCAAAGUGUCUAUCUGAUUAUAGAUGUCAGGCAGAAGAUGCACUGUCCGAGCACUUGGCUGCUGUGGAAUCGCUUCAGAACACUUAUGAGCAUGACUUGGCUGCUUUGACGUUGGAGAACCAGACUCUUCGCCAACAGCUUGGAAUGAAAGGUUUCGAAGAUGUGAAGAAAGUGGUGUUUCAAUCCCCCUCAGGUAGCAGGCGGAACUCCCACUCUUCUCAGCCUUCGACGACGAAAUCAAAAAAUUGUUGGGUGGAAAACGAGGACACCCCUGUUAAGAGCCCGUCCGCACACAGCCGGAAGCUAUCAAUCAGCCGAAAGAAUCAGGAUAAGAUUGGAAAGGACGGCAGCUGGCAGGUCUUCAUGGCUUGGGUGCCUACUGGAACCGCUUUGUUGCAAGCGGAAUCAUACAAGCCAUCGGAGAAGGCCUCGGAGCGAUUGCAGAAGAAGUUGAAGAAGAACAGCCGCUCAGAAGCGGCCAGCUCUGCUGCAUACAAGGAAGAUGAGCCAGACUUUGGUGCAGAGAUCCAGCCAUGGUACAUUUUAAAUCCAGAUUCGUCAAGGCGUGUUUACUGGGAUAUCCUGAGCUUGGCGAUGAUCACCUACGACAUCAUUUUCGUCCCGCUGGAGGUUUGCUUCAUCUUGGAAGAAACAACUUUCUUGGCCUUCCUGGAUUGGUUUAGCCGCAUCUUUUGGACACUUGACAUGGGCAUGUCAUGUAUCACUGGCUUUGUCCUUUCAGACGGUGUUAUCGAGUACAAGCCUCGGAACAUCUUACAUCGCUACUUCAAGACAUGGUUUCUUCCAGACCUGAGUAUGGUUUUAUCAGAUUGGAUUGGAUACCUGGUGGCUGGCAGUGGUCUUGGUUUGGGGCAAUUGGCGCGUGCCAUCCGCAUGGCCCGAGCCGUGAGGCUCCUGCGGCUGCUGCGAAUGCAGGAAGUCUUGGCCAAUCUUACAGAACGCCUCCAAUCAGAUGUUGUGGAAAUUUUUGCGCAAAUCAUCAAAAUGAUUGUCGUGCUCGUCAUGCUUUGCCACUUCAUUGCCUGCUUUUGGUGGGCAGUUGGGACCAAUGGCACUGGAACCACAUGGGUGAAGGCUGGCUCUUAUGAAGAUUUGAGCGUCGAUGCAUCCUAUUUGGUUUGCCUCUUGUGGGCGAUAUCUUUGUUUUCAGGAGGCAACAGCAACAUAUAUCCUGAGACAUCGGCUGAGCGGAUGUAUGGUGUUGCAGCAGGCGUUUGCAGCUUCGUGUGUGUGCUGGUGAUGCUGGGAACUCUAACUUCAGGGCUGACCCAGCGGCACAUCAUCGACGGUAGCGGACAGCGUCAGAUGGCAGCGCUCAAGACCUAUUUGCGCCAGAACCACAUCCCCAAGAAUCUCACAAAGCGUUUGUGCCGCAGUGCCAAGCAUGCCAUUUCCGGUGACCUUACUCCCGACUCGGUUCAGCUUUUGGCAGUGAUCUCAGAACCUUUGAAAAUGCAAAUGCAUUUCGAGAUGUACUCCCGAAUUUUGCUGCACCAGCCCUUUUUCAAGGACUUGCUCACGGAAGGGAACCAGCUUGUGCGGCGUGUAUGCCACCAGGCCAUGAGCAUCCUCCUCCUAACGCACAGCGACGUCGUUUUCGAGGUGGAUGAGGAGCCUUCAGAGCCCAAGAUGUACUUGGUGGCAUCCGGGUCUUUGGAUUAUACCGACUCCUAUGGUGAGGUGGAGAAGGUCGGAGAUAAAUGCUGGAUAGCGGAACCUGUCCUGUGGACACGGUGGAAGCAUCGCGGAAGUCUUGUGGCGGCCAGCGACGUCAAAAUGGCGAUGCUUGAUGCCACAAGCUUCCAGGCACUGGCGGCACUUGCGACGAGAUUUUUCAUGUACAAUUCACUCGGAAACUGCACAAACACACUGAAAAUAUGUGAUGAAAACAGAUGA